GUCUCCUGGUGUGUAUUUAUACAUUUUAGUUCCGACUCUUAAUGCCGUCUUCCUGUACGGGACGGAAUUAAAGGGAACAGAGAAAACGAAAUGUGUCAUACGGCAAACGACGCCAUGCAGAUUUCAGUCCUGGCACUGGCUUUGCUUCUGAGCCCUGAGUAUGGUAAGUCUUGGUGUUCUCACCCUAAAAGGACCUGAUGUUCUGGAAAUGAAGACGACCGAAAGCAAGCACUUCACCUAUACAUACGAUGUGAAAUAUUACAUCAACAACAGAAAAUACUGGUGCAAAGGCUAUUACCGAAACUACUGCACAAUAAUUGCCUCGACAACGACAGAAACUAAAAACGUUAAAGUUGAUGACAACAAAAAUGGCCAGAUAACGGUAACUUUGAAAGACCUGUCCACAGGUGACUCUGGGGAUUACUGGUGCGGGAUCGAAAUAUUUUACACGAGUGAUGAUAUGCAUUACACGAGACUGGAAGUUAACGAAGCUCCAGAAGAAAACCCGGCUGCUAGUACCCAGGAUCAAUUCCUCACAGUUAUGUCCGUGCUGGCUACAUUAAUCAUAAUUGCUGCUGUAAUUCUGCUUUUUAAAAUAUUCUGUAGCAGAAAGCGAACAGAACGCACUGAAGUCCUUGGUCUGCACAGCUCCCCUUCCACAGCAGAAAAAGCAGCAGAAGAUCCAGAGGUUGAUGAGUACGACUGUAAAUAUGCCGAUCUGCACAUAAAACCCCAGUCGUCUGUGAAGGACAGUCAAGAUGUCGUCGCUAAAGAGGAGGUUGCCUAUUCAGAUGUGAUUUUCAAAUAGCAGAAACCAGAAAGAGGAAAUUAAAAAGAAGGACUGUGAAGUUUUAACACCACAAUCUACUGAUGUAAGGACCCUCGGUACUUGUGUGUGCGUGUCUAAGGAACUGGGGGUCCAGGUGUCAGAAUGAAGAGCUUGUGCUUUUUUUUUUUAAUUCUAAAUACGAAUGUGUUCUUGUUUUAGGA